AACCUCCAUUAGCCAAGUAAAUCACUCAAAGCUUUCAUGGACCACAAGGAAGCUAGUUUGAGUAAUCAUGAUCUCUUAAAUUCUUAUUAUCAUCAUUAAUUUUACCCUUUAAACAGAUAGUUUAGUAGAUAGGUAUAUAGGGAGACUAGAGUAAGGUAGAUAAGAGACUAAAAUAGUCAUGCUCACUUCUCAUCACCUUCCUACCCUUUUCCUAGCAACAUUUGCCACCAUCGUAUCACCAGUUUCCCUUGAGCAAUAUUUCCUCACUGUUUGGCUCACAAGGAACAACCUCAUCCUCUUGUUAUUCUUCAUUUUGAUUUCUCUUCUUGCUCCAAGGUCCAAAGGCUAGCUAGAAUUUGUUUGUUUUGGUUGUCUGAAUACAGAGAGAAACAUUUGCUUCUUGUCACUGAUCUCUUGGUUGAUUUUCUUAGUUGUUUUGGGGUGUUUGUAUGAGAUGGGGUUGAGUUCUAAGCAGGUUACUAGUAACGGGUUAGAUUGGAGCCAGACCCUAUUGCAGGAACGGACUUUGGAGCUGCCUAAACCUCCUGCAAUAAGGAGGCAACAGCAGCAAAACCAGCUGCAAUCCGAGUCCUUGAAGUGUCCAAGGUGUGAGUCAACAAACACAAAGUUCUGUUACUACAACAACUACAACAAGUCACAGCCUAGACAUUUUUGCAAGACUUGCAAGAGACACUGGACUAAAGGUGGUACCCUCCGAAAUGUUCCUGUUGGUGGUGGCCGGAAAAACAAGAGGCCGAAAACAUCAAAAACAAAUGCUGACACCACCACCUCCACAAACACAGCAAGCACCGCUGCUCCAAGAACCGAUAAUAGCAACAAUAUGAUCAAUAGGGUUAACCCCCAGCAGCCAAUUCAAGCUCAGCAACAAAAGCAGAAUCUUCCUGAUCUUGUACUUGGUGAUCAAAAGAAUUUAUCUGGAAUUCUGUAUCAAGCAAUGAUCAAUCCACCAUCUUCAGUUCUGCAACAGAAUUCAAUCAGCUGCAACAACUUGGAUACCAAAAGUUUCAACACCAACAACAAUGGUGUCCUUUUGGGUUCAUCUUUGUCUCUACCUCAAAUUCAAGGCUCCCUCUUUCCUUGUCCAAGUUCUUUUGACACACACCCAUCUUUAAUUUGCACCAGCUCCUUUCAGCCCUUAAAUGUUUAUAACUACUCGGGAGAAUCCAUGGAGGACUCAACCAUCACCACCAUCAUGCCUUCCACAAGUAGCACUAUCGCUCAACCAUGGCAAGUGCCAAAUACAAGCAGUGGAAUGGACAUGACAAAUUACUGGAAUUGGGAUGAUAUAGAGAAUUAUGUCUCUACUGAUCUCAAUGUCACAUGGGAUGAUUCUGAAAUCAAACCAUAACUAAGAAGUAUUUCAUGUGAAGUAAGCUAAGGGGUUAGGGUUCACGUUGUGCUAGAGAAGGGUAUCUAAGUUGAGACUGGAGUGAUGGGGUCUUCUCCAGCUAAGCUGGGGUAUUAGUAGAUGUGAUGGAAGAUUCCUGUGGAUAUGUAUACUUUUUUGGAAAUCUCAAAUAAUAACAUUUCAUGGACUUGUUUUCUCA